AUGCAGGAGUUGCACAACUUAAUUCUUUACAACAUUUUGGAAAUGGCCAAGUUGAGUCAUCUCUUGAUUUUGCAUUGUUGGUCAAAAGAUUAUUUUGCACAAUUGGCAGAAAGUAGAAAUUUAUUUACACAAUUUAAAAGCAUAAACUCACAUAUGGGAAUUGAAGAAUCUUUCAUAAAACACGAUAUGUUGAAAAUGGCUUUGUUUCUGGACAUCAAUUGCAAUCAAAGUUGUUCGAUUCUUAACAUGGCAAGUGACAAGAGACUUUUUAGCCAUCGCUAUCAUUGGUUGAUUUAUGAUGGCUUUAAUAAUUUUUCAAAAAUGAAAACGCAGUUCGAGAAAACCAAAUUCUUUAUCGAUGCCGAUGUUACCUAUGUUAUGAAGAAUCCGUCUGGCAAUAGUUUAAUUCUCUAUGACUUGCAUAACAAAGGAUUACAAUUGGGAGGAAAAUUAAAUAUCACAGCAGAUAGAGUGGUUUCUUGUAAUAAUCAGACAUGCCAGUUAGAAAGAUAUCUCACUGAUUUUUAUACAAGAAAACCCCUGCAACAUCGAAAGUCUCUAACGGGCUUGACAAUGAAAGCUACUGCAGUGGUAAAUUUCUUGCCGAAAAAUUCAUCGAAAGAAGAAAUAUUGGCCUUCAUGGAGAACAUAGAUCACGUUCAUGUGGAUACUUAUGCCAGAAUGGGCUACCAGUCCCGCCAGCCACUGAGGGAUAUGUUGGACUGCCAAUUUGAUUAUAUAUUCAGAGACCGCUGGACGGACGACGGCAAUGUAACUGGUGGCAUGAUUGGCGACCUGAUCACUGAUGUGGCUGACAUUUCCAUAGCUCCGUUUAUCUACUCCUUUGAGAGGGGCUUGUUCCUCCAGCCAGUGACCAGGUUCAGUGUAUUCCGAGAGAUCUGCAUGUUCAGGAAUCCUCGAUCCGUAUCCGCCGGCCUGAGUGCCACCGAGUUUCUGCAACCCUUCAGCGGAGGCGUCUGGCUGACCUUUGCGCUGCUACUCCUCUUCGCUGGGUGCCUCCUUUGGAUCACCUUUCUCCUGGAGCGCAGGCGCGAAUGGAAACCUUCGCUGCUGACCACCUGUCUGCUGUCUUUCGGAACAGGCUGUAUCCAGGGAGCGUGGCUAACGCCCCGGUCUACCGGAGGACGGAUGGCCUUCUACGCCCUGAUGGUGACCUCGUUUCUGAUGUACAAUUAUUACACCUCGAUAGUGGUGUCCAAGCUUCUGGGACAGCCAGUAAAGUCCAAUAUCCGGACACUCCAGCAGCUGGCGGACAGCAGUCUGGAGGUGGGCAUCGAACCCACCGUAUAUACGCGGACCUAUGUGGAGACUUCGGAGAAGAGGGAUGUUCACAGUCUGUACCUAAACAAGGUGGUUGGGAGCAAAAGGUCUCCGGAUCAGAUCUGGCUCACCACCGAAGCGGGAGUCAAGGCGGUGAGGGAUAAUGCCGGCUUCGUCUACAUAGCCGGAGUGGCCACGGCGUAUGAGUUUGUGAGGAAAUACUUCCUGCCCCAUCAGAUCUGCGAGCUGAACGAGAUUCCUCUGCGAGAUGCUUCAGUAACUCACACGGUGGUGGUCAAGGGCUCACCCUAUGCAGAGUUGUUCCGGUUAAAUGAAAUGAGAAUGCUGGAGACAGGGGUCCAUUUGAAACACGAACUCUACUGGAUGAAGACCAAACUCCACUGCUAUCAACACAAUCACACGGUAGCCGUGGGUCUGGAGUAUGCUGCCCCAUUGUUCAUCAUGCUCCUGGGAGCCAUGAUAGUCUGUGUGGGUGUGCUGGCCCUAGAGGUCCUCUGGCAUCGCCACACAACGCUUCACUAG